AACAUCUGCCAGCAUGUGUCAGGCUAACGUAAACAGAAUGUGUAACACAACGACACAAUCGGCACUGUCUCCGUGGUCAUGAUCAACUUCGACUGCGUCAGCUGUGACUGUGCGGUGGCUGUCACGCCAUGGACGCAGCGAGCAAUGGGCCUGCUCCCCUGCUCCCGUGUGUGGUACACUUGUUGAUUGGUUGACGCUGAGUCAUGAAGACACAUCCGAAAGGAAACAACCCCAACUCCGCUGCAUCCCGGUUGCUGAGUGUCUUUCUCUUUCCUUACCUGAUCAGGCGCUGCUUGUGCUUAUUUUGCACACUCGCUGUGGCCGUUCUACCUUGACAUCCACAUAUCCGUACCUCCCCCUUUUCACUGACGUUGGCUGAAUGCGGCGGCAGUAUGUCGGUUCUCGACAUGACAGAAGCGGAGAUGGACCGCGUUAUCGCCAGGUUUGAAACCGUUUGGGAUGUCUUGGUGGAUGGCGCGAAGAAAGCGAUGGCUACUGUGAAAGCCGCGUUUGACCUCGUCAUGAACGCUUUUUGUCUUGUGGGAGUCGCCAUCAGCGAAGUCAAAGUGCUCUCCCGCAACGUCUGGCGGUCAAUGAUGUGGUCCCACGCCGAUUACCUCAAAGAGGCUGAAAAGCAUGUUCGACUUGCCCAAAGAGGAUACGAUCAUGCUUGCAACUUGUUGCGCUUGUUCGUUGCUGACUUCAAGGCCGACGAAUCACCAGAAAUGACGAAGAUGGUGAAAGCUGCUCGUGACGCGAGGGACAAAGCCCGACAACAACUUGAUGCUGCAAAGGAGAGGUGCGCCAACCUGAAAAGUCAAGCAACUUCCUCUUGAGUGCAUUGUGCUGUGUUACCCCCCUCCUUUUCAGUCCCGCUUUACAGUUAUGCCCCCUUGACGCCUCCUUUCAAUUCCCCCAGUCUCUGUUUGACCUCUCCUACCUGACCACCCCCUGCCUGGCUUCCUCUCCCCUGCCAUUCCCUUUUUCCGUUGCGAACCACCGCCUCCGCCAACCAAUACAAACCAACUUCUCC